GUAAGAGAGCUGACCAAGAGGUAUGGGGCUGGAAGAGAACUACAAGCAUUAUUCGAAAUUCAUCAGAAGGGAUAUGAACAUACUCAUCAUCAUCAUUGUUUAUCGAAAGAAAUUAAAGAUGCAGUAUUAAAACGAUUAGAAGACUAUGGUGGAACAAAACAACGUUUAUCACAAUUGCUAGAUGAAGAACAGCAAAGAGAAUUAGAGCAAGAAUUAGAAGAAGAGCGUCAACAGGAGCUUCCACCAUCUGUCGAACCAUGCCAACAUACUCUACACGAGGAAAUUAAACGGUUGGGCGACAUGCGUAGUGAUAUUAUGGAU